CAUAUAAUUAAAUCAUUGAAAAGAUAAGAAUUAUUAACUACUCCCAACCCGACCCGAUCUACCCCACUCCCCAAGUCGAUCUUCUCCCCCAAAUAGUUAGUUCUGAGAAUUUUGUGGCUAUAAAUUUCUAAAUCCACAUCAAUUCUAGGGUUUCCAUAUUCUUCUAAAUUCAUCUCCAUUCUCUGCAAAUCCACGAUCAUGGAGGAAAAGUGGGACUUGGAAGAUCAAAAGAUCAGUGCUUGACUUUGUGGAAGAUGAUGAAGCAAUGACCACACUUCAAGAUUUGGAUGAUCCUGAUCGAAACAAGGUUGAAAACAAUGGGUCUAGUAUUGUUGAGAUUAAUACCCCUAUUUCGAAUGAAUUUAAAGGUAAGGGAGUGGAUUCACCUCCCCCUGUGAAAUCCUCACCGAUAUCUAAAGGGUUUGGCUUGAAGAAAUGGAGAAGGAUCAGGAGGGAAUCGAACAAGGAUGGGGAUAGUAACACAGACAGUGGUAAGUUGUUGAAGCGUGGUUUGUCGAACGCCGCUGCAAAUUCCGCAAAACCUGUGCAUUUGUCUGCUGGAGCAAUCCAAAAUAGUGAUGGAUCUGUUUCUUCAACAAAUGCACUAUUGAGGAGCCCUGGUGUUCUAGUUGAUGCCUUUGGUGUAAUUGGUGAUCCUGGGCUGGCUGAUCGGCCUCUAAUUUUUGGUGCCACGGACUCGGAGAACAGUGAGGAUCGGAGUAGUAGGUCUUCGACUGCAGCCAGUGCUCCAAAAGCAAGGUACGAAUCCCCUGUGGUCUAUGGUUAUGUGCCUGAUAAGAAUGGGCAGAUGAGUCUGAGUGGGAAGAAAAUGAGUUCUUUAGCUCAGAAGUCUCAUCAAGGAAAGGGUCGAGCUGAAACUAGUAAAAAGCCUAGAGGAGAAAGGGUCAAAAUCGAGAAGGAAAACUCUCUUUCCAGCAUGGAGUCUGACUCACAGAGCUCCAAUUUUCUCUGUAUGCAGAGUAAUAAUCAUGUAACAAUUAAUGGUAUUAAAGAUGGAAUGUCAGUGAAUAAUGGACAAUUCAAUGAUGCAGCUCUUGCCAGAGAAAGGCCAGUCAGCGAGGAUCUUCAGACUUGUCUAGACAGAAGAAAUGGUAAGAAUUAUGAAACUCAAGAAGAUCUAGCUGCUGAAUCACCCUGGGAUGUUAAAGAAGAGAGGAGUGAGAACCAGGGGUCGUCCACAGAUCAUGAUCCUCUGCUGGAGUCUAUCUUCACCCUUCAAGCUGCUCAGGAAAAACUUGAAAGAGAAAUUCAGAAAUUCAAAGAUAUUGGCAUACCUUCAGAUUUCAGUUCAGAUGACACAGAUUUUCCUGGACUGAGCACAUCUGAGCAGUCACAAUCCAGGAAUGGUGUGCAACAUUCAUUUAACUCAUUGGAGUCUGAAGUGGUUAACUUAAAGCAGAAUGUCAUACUGUUGCAAAAUAAGCUUAAUGAGGAAGCAGACUUGCUUAAGUUAAAGGAAGCCAGAGUUACUGAGCUGGAAGCCAUCUUAAGUAGUGACUCAAAGAAGGAAGAAAAGAAAACAGGAAAUGAUUUGCACCAGAGUACUGAGGACACUGAAAGAGAGCUUGAGGGCCUCUUUAAGCAGAAUAUUGAAGCUGAAAUCGAGUAUCUGGCAAUAUCGAGAACAAUCCAAACGUUGAGAGCUGUAGCAGUUGAUCAAGUUACCCUCUUGGAAGAAGAGAAGAUAUUAGCUACAGAACAAGCACGGAUGGUAAAGAAGCUUGGUGAUUCAGAAACGAAGACUGCAAUGCUCAAGUCACAGGCUGAAAGUUUGGCAAAUUACUGUGAUGAUGUGGCCAGCACUAAAAAAACACGAGAGCUGCAAAAGGGAGUCUGCAAGUAUAGUUCCUAUUUUUUGAUACAGUUGGUAUUGCUGGUUAUCGUCUUUGGACUGUAUGUUUUGCAGAUGUCACCUGAUGCUGUUGAAGUUGUACCGACAUAAUUUUGAGAAGUUGUUGUAGAGCUACCCGGCAGUGUUACUCCAACACAGUAGAUCUUGUUCUUUUGAUCAGAAGCCUCCAGUAAUGCUGCGCCAGUAGAAAGAGUUAAAACUACAAAGCAAAGCUGUUGGUGGGAAGCUCGGUAUAAGCGAUUUGCUGCUUCCACCUUUAAUAAGGCUUCACAAUAGCUCUUUUUUUUUUCUCCCUUUUUAAAAAAGAAAUUCAUUUUAUUCCACUCAGGGUGGAGCAACACUCGAAGUUUAUGUGAUGCUUGGUUGGCAGUAGUAAAGAAAAUAAUCUCCACGUAAAAUUUAACAUUGUCUAUUGAUCAAGUAACAUUGCAUCAAGUGUUUCAAGUGUUCAUGAAUGUACCAUCUAAACAGUGAGUACGAUCACACCUAGUGGUGGUGGGAGAUUAAGAAUUCUUCCAAAAGUGAUCAUAUUCAAGAA